GUGAGGUGUAAGUAAUAUCAAUAUAAUGUCUUAUAAAUACCAGUUAACGUUUAUUCUGGUUUUUACGUCUAUCCUGCAUGUCUACUACAAAUAUUACGGUAACAAAAGAAGCGAGCUGACGUAGAGGCGCACACCUCCUGCUUGGAAGGACACCAGCCGGCCGAGGUGGCACCUCCACGGAGAAGGACAGUCGAACACACCAACUCGUGCGGAGGCUGCUCUGGAUAUAAGGCACCGGUGAAGGGCGCAGUAACGAGACAGGAAGACACUCAAAGUGAACCUACCCCAGGUUCCAUCAUGUCAAACUCCCAGAAGGACAAUGGCUUUGCGAACUGUACAGACGCCAAGAAAAUGGACCAGAGGACAGAGAAGAAGUGCUCCUGGGCCUCCUACAUGACCAAUUCUCCAACUGUGAUCGUGAUGAUUGGCCUGCCUGCACGAGGGAAGACCUACAUGUCCAAGAAACUCACACGGUACCUGAACUGGAUCGGAGUCCCAACCAAAGUGUUUAACUUGGGCGUGUACAGGAGAGAAGCCGUCAGAGCUUAUAAGUCCUACGACUUCUUCCGGCACGACAAUGAGGAAGCCAUGAAAAUCAGGAAACACUGUGCUCUGAUUGCGCUUCAGGAUGUAAAGGCGUACUUGACUGAGGAGGGGGGUCAGAUCGCAGUUUUUGAUGCAACCAACACAACAAGAGAACGGCGAGACCUCAUCCAAGCCUUUGUGAAGGAUAAUGCUUUUAAGGUGUUCUUUGUGGAGUCAGUGUGUGACGACCCUGAGGUCAUAGCUGCUAAUAUUCUGGAAGUGAAGGUGUCCAGUCCUGACUAUCCUGAGAGACACAGAGAGAGAGUAAUGGAUGACUUUCUGAAGAGAAUAGAGUGCUACAAGGUCACGUAUCAACCGUUGGAUCCCGAUAACUACGACAAGGACCUGUCUUUUAUAAAGGUGAUAAACGUGGGCCGACGGUUUCUGGUGAACCGGGUGCAGGACUACAUCCAGAGUAAGAUUGUUUACUACCUAAUGAACAUCCAUGUGCACUCUCACUCCAUCUACCUGUGUCGGCACGGAGAGAGCGACCACAAUGUUGAAGGGCGCAUCGGAGGAGACUCUGAACUCUCUCCCCGAGGAAGACAGUUUGCCCAUGCGCUGCGGGAUUUUAUCGAAGAACACAACCUAUCAGAUUUGAAAGUGUGGACGAGUCAACUGAGGAGGACCAUCCAGACAGCCGAGGAGCUGGGAGUUCCUUAUGAACAGUGGAAGAUCCUCAAUGAGAUUGAUGCGGGUGUUUGUGAGGAGAUGUCCUAUGAGAUGAUCCAGAACACAUUCCCAGAGGAGUUUGCCUUAAGAGACCAGGACAAAUACCAUUAUAGAUAUCCAGGAGGAGAGUCUUACCAAGAUCUUGUUCAGCGUCUGGAGCCGGUUAUCAUGGAGCUGGAGAGACAGGGGAACGUGCUGGUGAUCUGCCACCAGGCUGUGAUGCGCUGUUUGCUCGCUUACUUCCUGGACAAAAGUGCAGAUGAUCUGCCGUACAUGAAAUGUCCACUGCACACAGUGCUGAAGCUUACACCUGUGGCAUACGGUUGUAAGGUGGAAAUGUUUUACCUUAACGUAGAGGCAGUGAACACACACCGUGACCGGCCUUUUGGUAAAAUCUCCAGGGAUACCGCUCCCUUACCUCGGAGGAAUAGUUACACCCCCUUGUGCAGUCGCGACCAGAUGAAGCGUCCCAGGCUCUACAGCGCGGGCAACGCACCCUGGCUACCGCUCGCUCCCACUCCAUCAGCUCUGCUGCCAGAUGGACGGCAAAGCCAACCAUGGAUAGGAAGCAGUUGUCUGAGUUCCUGUGUGAAGAUAUCGACUUUGACAGCCCAGAAGAAACUAGUGGUUGUGUCCGCUUCUGAGUAAAGACAGGGACGAAGACAGUUCUACAUGGAACUGUGUCGGCAGGUGGUUCUGGUGAAGGCAAAUUCAACGAUAGAAGGAAAUAUAUUUUUGUAUUGGUUUAUUGAUGUUUUUGGUUGAUAAUGUCAGACUGAGUGAGGGGUUAAGGAACUCUUUAUCUUUCCUAACAGUUUUUGUUUCAACGUUCUGUUUUUCUUGUUUUGCAUGACUAGGCCUUAAUCUUGACUCUUGACUGAUUAUCAUUAGUAUCAUAAACUGUUUUGCACGUGCACUGUAGGAAAUCAAUCUAACAACCAACAGCAGAUGUUAAUUAUUAACACAAACAAGAUGUAAAUCUAGUUGUUCAAGCACAUACUACAUGCCAUCAUAACUUCUGCAUUAUGCAUACACUUGUACAAUGUAUAACAUACAAACCAAAUCUAAAGGAGAUUAAAAACUGUUAAUGUUUA